GACCAUUGUACCUUUCCUCAUCUGAACAAGACCCAGCAAUCGCCCAUUAGAAUUUCCAUCUCAUUUCAAGCAUUCUUUAUUCGAAUAUGCACUACACAGCUGUUGCUACCACGCUCCUCGUAGCCUUGUUUGCGCAAGGCUCCAUUGCUCAAGAUCCCGCUAUGGCGACAUCGACUCUUACGACUGUUUGCCAACAAGCUGCAAAGAUUCCUGUAUGCGAUCUCUACUCGACAAGCUGCAAGGCCAACAGCACGGCUGCUGCCUGCAACCCGGUCUCUCUCGCUCUCUCGGCUUGCGCCGACCCUGUUGCGGCGACCAAUAGUGCGUGUACCAUGUUCAAGUCCAUGUGCACUGGCGCAUGUGCAAACCAGGGUGCCGUCAAGGAUCUCUUGCCGGCCAGGAAUGCCAGUCAGCAAGUUUUCUCCAUUUGUACGGAAAUGCCCACAAUGACUGAUUGUCAGGGUGAUGCAAGGUGCCCUGCCCCUGACGCGACUGGUGUCAGUGACUGCAAGUCCUGGACUGUCUACUCGGCCUUGUGUAGGGAGAUGCCCGAUAUGACACAGUGCGCAUCAUGGAAGAGCUUCUGCUCCAGCAAUGGACAAGUCGCUCCCUUCUGCGGUGGGGCUGCUCCCACGACAAACUCCUCCACCGGCGGCCACAACCACGGUACUUCUGGUAACACUCAAGGAACUACUACGGGAGCAAAGUCCUCUGCCACGACCGUCCUCACCGGCGCGGUCGGUAUGGCUGCAUCUGGAUUGCUGGCGAUGAUGUUGAUGCUGUAAAUUUGGGGAGUCCCGCUUACUGAUGUAAAAAAUGUUGUAUAGUAGUGAAACAGUGUCCAAAAUAUAUAUAAAUUGCUGCUAGAAAUGAA